AUGCAAACCUCAAUAUCAACGACAACAAUAGAAGAUCAUCUUCACCACUACUCCCCGGAAGAAUCACAGAAAUUGUUAUCUCGAGAAUCCAGUAUUAACACAGAUUUAUUUAAACAUGAGAAUGAAUCAGUAGAUCUAUUGUUAAAAGAAAUGAACUCAACUCCAAGUAAAUUAUUACCGAUAGAUAAACAUUCUCAUUUACAAUUACAGCCUCAAUCGUCCUCGGCAUCAAUAUUUAAUUCCCCAACAAAACCAUUGAAUUUCCCCAGAACAAAUUCCAAGCCGAGUUUAGAUCCAAAUUCAAGCUCUGAUACCUACACUAGCGAACAAGAUCAAGAGAAAGGGAAAGAAGAGAAAAAGGACACAGCCUUUCAAACAUCUUUUGAUAGAAAUUUUGAUCUUGAUAAUUCAAUCGAUAUACAACAAACAAUUCAACAUCAGCAACAACAGCCACAACAACAACAACAACUCCCACAAACCGACAAUAAUUUAAUUGAUGAAUUUUCUUUUCAAACACCGAUGACUUCGACUUUAGACCUAACCAAACAAAAUCCAACUGUGGACAAGAUAAAUGAAAAUCAUGCACCAACUUAUAUAAAUACCUCCCCCAACAAAUCAAUAAUGAAAAAGGCAACUCCUAAAGCGUCACCUAAAAAAGUUGCAUUUACUGCAACUAAUCCCGAAAUUCAUCAUUAUCCAGAUAAUAGAGUCGAGGAAGAAGAUCAAAGUCAACAAAAAGAAGAUUCUGUUGAGCCACCCUCAAUACAACAUCAAUGGAAAGACCCUUCUCAAUUCAAUUAUUCUGAUGAAGAUACAAAUGCUUCAGUUCCACCAACACCACCACUUCAUACGACGAAACCUACUUUUGCGCAAUUAUUGAACAAAAACAACGAAGUCAAUCUGGAACCAGAGGCAUUGACAGAUAUGAAAUUAAAGCACGAAAAUUUCAGCAAUUUAUCAUUAGAUGAAAAAGUCAAUUUAUAUCUUAGUCCCACUAAUAAUAACAAUAGUAAGAAUGUGUCAGAUAUGGAUCUGCAUUUACAAAACUUGCAAGACGCUUCGAAAAACAAAACUAAUGAAAAUAUUCACAAUUUGUCAUUUGCUUUAAAAGCACCAAAGAAUGAUAUUGAAAACCCAUUAAACUCAUUGACUAACGCAGAUAUUCUGUUAAGAUCAUCUGGAUCAUCACAAUCGUCAUUACAAUCUUUGAGGGAUGACAAUCGUGUCUUAGAAUCAACGCCUGGGUCACCUAAGAAGGUUAAUCCUGGAUUGUCUUUAAAUGACGGUAUAAAGGGGUUCUCUGAUGAGGUUGUUGAAUCAUUACUUCCUCGUGACUUAUCUCGAGACAAAUUAGAGACUACAAAAGAAAAUGAUGCACCAGAACACAACAAUGAGAAUUUUAUUGAUGCUAAAUCGACUAAUACCAAUAAGGGACAACUCUUAGUAUCAUCUGAUGAUCAUUUGGACUCUUUUGAUAGAUCCUAUAACCACACUGAACAAUCAAUUUUAAAUCUUUUGAAUAGUGCAUCACAAUCACAAAUUUCGUUAAAUGCAUUAGAAAAACAAAAGCAAAUACAGGAACAAGAACAAACACAAGCAGCAGAGCCUGAAGAAGAAACUUCGUUUAGUGAUAAUAUCAAAGUUAAACAAGAGCCAAAGAGCAAUUUGGAGUUUGUCAAGGUUACCAUCAAGAAAGAACCAGUUCUGGCCACGGAAAUAAAAGCUCCAAAAAGAGAAUUUUCAAGUCGAAUAUUAAGAAUAAAAAAUGAAGAUGAAAUUGCCGAACCAGCUGAUAUUCAUCCUAAAAAAGAAAAUGAAGCAAACAGUCAUGUCGAAGAUACUGAUGCAUUGUUGAAGAAAGCACUUAAUGAUGAUGAGGAAUCUGACACGACCCAAAACUCAACGAAAAUGUCAAUUCGUUUUCAUAUUGAUAGUGAUUGGAAAUUGGAAGACAGCAAUGAUGGCGAUAGAGAAGACAAUGAUGAUAUUUCUCGUUUUGAGAAAUCAGACAUUUUGAACGACGUAUCACAGACUUCUGAUAUUAUUGGUGACAAAUAUGGAAACUCAUCAAGUGAAAUAACCACCAAAACAUUAGCACCCCCAAGAUCAGACAACAAUGACAAGGAGAAUUCUAAAUCUUUUGAAGAUCCAGCUAAUAAUGAAUCAUCGCAACAACAAUUGGAGGUACCGCAUACAAAAGAAGAUGAUAGCAUUUUAGCCAACUCGUCCAAUAUUGCUCCACCUGAAGAAUUGACUUUGCCCGUAGUGGAAGCAAAUGAUUAUUCAUCUUUUAAUGACGUGACCAAGACUUUUGAUGCAUACUCAAGCUUUGAAGAGUCAUUAUCUAGAGAGCACGAAACUGAUUCGAAACCAAUUAAUUUCAUAUCAAUUUGGCAUAAACAAGAAAAGCAGAAGAAACAUCAAAUUCAUAAAGUUCCAACUAAACAGAUCAUUGCUAGUUAUCAACAAUACAAAAACGAACAAGAAUCUCGUGUUACUAGUGAUAAAGUGAAAAUCCCAAAUGCCAUACAAUCCAAGAAAUUCAAAGAGGUAAAUGUCAUGUCAAGAAGAGUUGUUAGUCCAGACAUGGAUGAUUUGAAUGUAUCUCAAUUUUUACCAGAAUUAUCUGAAGACUCUGGAUUUAAGGAUUUGAAUUUUGCCAACUACUCCAAUAACACCAACAGACCAAGAAGUUUUACUCCAUUGAGCACUAAAAAUGUCUUGUCGAAUAUUGAUAACGAUCCUAAUGUUGUUGAACCUCCUGAACCGAAAUCAUAUGCUGAAAUUAGAAAUGCUAGACGGUUAUCAGCUAAUAAGGCAGCGCCAAAUCAGGCACCACCAUUGCCACCACAACGACAACCAUCUUCGACUCGUUCCAAUUCAAAUAAACGAGUGUCCAGAUUUAGAGUUCCCACAUUUGAAAUUAGAAGAACUUCUUCAGCAUUAGCACCUUGUGACAUGUAUAAUGAUAUUUUUGAUGAUUUUGGUGCGGGUUCUAAACCAACUAUAAAGGCAGAAGGAAUGAAAACAUUGCCAAGUAUGGAUAAAGAUGAUGUCAAGAGGAUUUUGAAUGCAAAGAAAGGUGUGACUCAAGAUGAAUAUAUAAAUGCCAAACUUGUUGAUCAAAAACCUAAAAAGAAUUCAAUUGUCACCGAUCCCGAAGACCGAUAUGAAGAAUUACAACAAACUGCCUCUAUACACAAUGCCACCAUUGAUUCAAGUAUUUAUGGCCGACCAGACUCCAUUUCUACCGACAUGUUGCCUUAUCUUAGUGAUGAAUUGAAAAAACCACCUACGGCUUUAUUAUCUGCUGAUCGUUUGUUUAUGGAACAAGAAGUACAUCCGUUAAGAUCAAACUCUGUUUUGGUUCACCCAGGGGCAGGAGCAGCAACUAAUUCUUCAAUGUUACCAGAGCCAGAUUUUGAAUUAAUCAAUUCACCUACUAGAAAUGUGCUGAACAACAGUGAUAAUGUCGCCAUCAGUGGUAAUGCUAGUACUAUUAGUUUCAACCAAUUGGAUAUGAAUUUUGAUGACCAAGCUACAAUUGGUCAAAAAAUCCAAGAGCAACCUGCUUCAAAAUCCGCCAAUACUGUUCGUGGUGAUGAUGAUGGAUUGGCCAGUGCACCUGAAACACCAAGAACUCCUACCAAAAAGGAGUCCAUAUCAAGCAAGCCUGCCAAGCUUUCUUCUGCCUCCCCUAGAAAAUCACCAAUUAAGAUUGGUUCACCAGUUCGAGUUAUUAAGAAAAAUGGAUCAAUUGCUGGCAUUGAACCAAUACCAAAAGCCACUCACAAACCGAAGAAAUCAUUCCAAGGAAACGAGAUUUCAAACCAUAAAGUACGAGAUGGUGGAAUUUCACCAAGCUCCGGAUCAGAGCAUCAACAGCAUAAUCCUAGUAUGGUUUCUGUUCCUUCACAGUAUACUGAUGCUACUUCAACGGUUCCAGAUGAAAACAAAGAUGUUCAACACAAGCCUCGUGAAAAGCAAAAGCAAAAGCAUCACCAUCGCCAUCAUCAUCAUAAACAAAAAACUGAUAUUCCGGGUGUUGUUGAUGAUGAAAUUCCUGAUGUAGGAUUGCAAGAACGAGGAAAAUUAUUCUUUAGAGUUUUAGGAAUUAAGAAUAUCAAUUUACCCGAUAUUAAUACUCACAAGGGAAGAUUCACUUUAACGUUGGAUAAUGGAGUGCAUUGUGUUACUACACCAGAAUACAACAUGGACGACCAUAAUGUUGCCAUAGGUAAAGAAUUUGAGUUGACAGUUGCUGAUUCAUUAGAGUUUAUUUUAACUUUGAAGGCAUCAUAUGAAAAACCUCGUGGUACAUUAGUAGAAGUGACUGAAAAGAAAGUUGUCAAAUCAAGAAAUAGAUUGAGUCGAUUAUUUGGAUCGAAAGAUAUUAUCACCACGACAAAGUUUGUGCCCACUGAAGUCAAAGAUACCUGGGCUAAUAAGUUUGCUCCUGAUGGUUCAUUUGCUAGAUGUUACAUUGAUUUGCAACAAUUUGAAGACCAAAUCACCGGUAAAGCAUUACAGUUUGAUCUCAAUUGUUUUAAUGAAUGGGAAACCAUGAGUAAUGGCAAUCAACCAAUGAAAAGAGGCAAACCUUAUAAGAUUGCUCAAUUGGAAGUUAAAAUGUUGUAUGUUCCACGAUCAGAUCCAAGAGAAAUACUACCAACCAGUAUUAGAUCUGCAUAUGAAAGCAUCAAUGAAUUAAACAAUGAACAGAAUAAUUACUUUGAAGGUUAUUUACAUCAAGAAGGAGGUGAUUGUCCAAUUUUUAAGAAACGUUUUUUCAAAUUAAUGGGUACUUCUUUAUUGGCUCAUAGUGAAAUAUCUCAUAAAACUAGAGCCAAAAUUAAUUUAUCAAAAGUUGUUGAUUUGAUUUAUGUUGAUAAAGAAAACAUUGAUCGUUCCAAUCAUCGAAAUUUCAGUGAUGUGUUAUUGUUGGAUCAUGCAUUCAAAAUCAAAUUUGCUAAUGGUGAGUUGAUUGAUUUUUGUGCUCCUAAUAAACACGAAAUGAAAAUAUGGAUUCAAAAUUUACAAGAAAUUAUCUAUAGAAAUCGGUUCAGACGUCAACCAUGGGUAAAUUUGAUGCUUCAACAACAACAACAACAACAAAGCUCCCAACAGUAA